UGGCCUUAUCGGAACGAUCAGAACAUGGAGAACGCUACAGGUUACGGUUCUUCUAAAGGAAACGCCAAAACCCAGCAAAACUCGGCAUUACAACUGAAUUACAUUUGGUGAAACAUCAAACUUUCAGGAAACAGAGAAAAGGGAUACACAGCUUGAAAUUUCUGUUAAAAUGGAGAGUUACCCAGUAAAUCAAUGUGAUAAUCAGGAACCAGAGAGUGGCGAGCCACAGGAGGCAACAGAAAAUAGAAAGGAAAUGUUGCAUCAUUCUUCCAAAAGAAAAGGCUCUCCCAGGAAUCAACAGCGAAAUUAUCGCAGGAGGUCAUUUUCAGAAUCACCUGAAAGAUCCCCAGAAAGAUCAAAAGAGCAGUCUCCUGUUUCACGAAGGCAGAAUAGACAUUCAGAUCAAGGUGAUUACCACAGGUACAGAAGGAGUCGAAGCCGCAGCCGAAGUAGAAGCCCAAGGAGGAGAAGGAGAAGUCACAGUCCAAGGAAUUUAUAUCACAUGAUGGACUUAGGGCCUGAGGUGAAUGGGCAACUAGCGACACUGUUAUGGAAAGUGGAAAAGCUACUGGAAAAUCAGGAAAGAGUUCUGAAAAAUCAAGAGAAGUUAGUGAAGCUCAUGGAGCAUCAGCAGGUAGCAGUUCUUCCCAGAAAACUUGUUCCUUCUGGAAGGAGCAUGUCAAAUGGGGUGCGAACUGCAGAUCACAAGCAUCCAAGACCUGAAAAGCACAUCAAACAAAGCCCUGGUGAAGUAAGGCUUUCAGCAAGUGCCCUAGGAGCUGUGGCGCAUUUGAAGAAUUUAGCACUCUCCCCUACUAGUCAUACAGGAGUAGUACCCAGUCUGAUUGAAAAGCCAUUGAGAGGUGAAAUGAAGGAGCUAACUGCUUCAUCUGACACUGAAGAGGUUAAUGGUACUUCACAGAGUGAUUCAGUUUCUGGUGAUGGCAACACAACCCUUCAAAAUCCACUUUUAGUGACACCAUUUUGUCCUCUCAAUACUGCUUGUGUUAACUGUGACAGUACUAACAAUGCGGAAAGUCAGGUUGAACUUCUUACUGAUAGUGAUCAAAUGAAAGAACUGUUGUCAUGGGCAGAAAGGAUACAAAAAACUAGCUGCUCUGUGGGAAAUUUUAGUGUAAACCUGGUGAAAGUUCUGUUCGCAAAAGAUGAGAUCUUGAAUAGAAAUUGCUCAGGCACCAGGGGGAAGGAAGCACUUGACAGUGAUAAACUUAAUCUUGUAAGAUAUUGUGCAUUUAAGUUGUACUCUAUUCCUCCAGAGGACCAAGAUAAAGUGUGGAAACAGAAGUGUGUCAUAUCAAUUGAUGAGUAUUUAAGAAGAGGCAAUAGAUCACGUGUUCAAAAAACCAAAAGUGCUCCUUUGGACUUCUCAGUAAUAGUUGAAUGUGAAAGUAAUGAUGUUAAAGAUAGUGACAUAGGUGAGAGUAAACCUCUUUAAAAAAAUAACAUUGAUACCCAUCUUCUGUGGAAAGAUUUAGCUAAUGCAAAACUAUAGCAGUGUGUUUUGUUGAAGUUUUUUUUGUAUACUUUUUUGCCUAGGGGUUUUUUUUUUUGGUUAGAAAGUGUAGGUUCCCUGUUUUUUAUUGAAUCAAAUGAGAGAACAGAUUAUUUACACAGAGUUUUUUAAAAAUGGCAAUGCAGAUUUUUCAACACAGUUUUAAGAAUUUACACAGAAAAAAAAUUUCACUUGUUCCCAGACAUUUAUAUCCCUAAUGAUUGUUUUUUUUAACACAUGCAAAAUUAUGUGCUAGUUGUAUUUCAAAAAAGAAAAGUAGCUGUUUAUAAAAAUUUUGAUGGAAGUGUUACAUUUAACUACAGUAACAUUGAUGUAUACAAUAUACAUACCAAGUUCCUGCCUGCAUUUUGGAUGAAAGCACAUAAGUGAUCAUUACUAGAACAGUGAAGAAGGUUUGAAUUUGAAUUCACUUGCAAAAGUUGGCCUUGGGAAAAAAUAAAUUAUUGCAUAUAUCAAAGAGUCAAAGAAUUCUCAUGCAGGUUAAACUUAGUAAGCACUACAGAUUGUACUCACUCAUGAGAGAUUAUGCAAUUUCUGUGGUCUUUGAAAAAUUUUUAUGCUUACUCAGUCCAAAUUGCAUGAAAAAUCAUUUGUUGAUAUAUUCUUAUCUGGGGUUGAUGAAUGCUGUUGUGAAAAUAGUAUAAGUUAUUGAAAAAAGUGCAUGGUAACCUUCAGUUGUUCCCCUUUAUAUAUUGUGUUUUAGCAGCAGGAAAGUUUACAAUAAGAAAGGCAAUCUGUGUGCCAUGGUGUUACUUGUACUUGCAUACAGGUGUGAAUCUUUCACCAUUUUGGGUGACCAUAUUGAAUGUAACUGCAAUUGUGAUUGACGUCCUUUUGUCCUUAGUAUUAAACUUAGGGUGUGACUGAGACUCAUUUGUGAGGCAACAUCAGUGACAUGAUAGAAUUUAGUUUGAAAGUAAAUCAUGAUGAAAAUUAUUCUUAAUACAUGUAGAGGUUAUUUAACACGGAUUUAGGUUGUAUGGUUGAGUCAUUAAUUUGUAGGUUAGUGGCAUGCAUCAAGCUUGGAUGUCCCAUAGUCUCAAAUGAAGAAGUGAAAUAAACCAUUGCUAGGCAUA